AUGAGGUUAUCGGUUGAGUGUUUUAUUGCAUGCCGAAUAUUCAGUAUCAGUACUGCAAAACCUUUCAAGCCGAACGAUAUGUACACUUUUAUAUUAUUAGCAAUUGCAAUUCCCUAUACCGCAAUGGGUAGCUGUCCGAAUAUAAACAAGCGUGCAGAAUGGGGUGCUCAACCUGCCAAAAGUACCCUUAAAUUAAAAAUAAAUCCGGCCCCUUAUGUCGUGGUUCAUCAUUCUGAAACUCCUCCUUGCACUGAUGCAGGAGCUUGCAAAAAUAGAGUGAAAAAUAUUCAAAGUUAUCACAUGAACACGAAAGGUUGGCAAGACAUCGGAUACAAUUUCCUGAUCGGUGGUGAUGGGUCGAUCUUUGAAGGGCGAGGUUGGGGGAUUCAUGGAGCGCAUCUCCCAUCCUUUAACCAGCGUAGCAUCGGGAUAUGUUUGAUAGGUAGUUUUCAAAAUAAUGUACCGUCAUCCAUUCAAAUAAGCGCCCUGAGAUCUCUAAUUUCUUGCGGAACGGAUUUAGGGAAAAUAGAUCAGAAUUAUCGACUUAUAGGGCAUCGGCAGGGAGGAUCCACCGAUUGCCCCGGAAAUAAACUCCAAGAAAUAUUGAAGACGAUGCCCCAUUUUGAACCGCGCCCCGUGUGCACCUGUCCCAAAAUAGUAUCAAGGUCCGAAUGGAAGGCAAAAGCACCGACGGAAAUAAUCCCCUUGACCAUAGAUCCUCCGCCUUAUGUUGUGGUUCAUCACUCUGCCACGCAAAAUUGUACAAACCUAACAAGUUGCCUGAAGAUGGUAAAAGGUAUUCAAGACUUUCACAUGGAUACCAAUGAAUGGGAUGAUAUAGGAUAUCAAUUUCUGAUUGGAACCGAGGGUACCAUCUUCGAAGGACGCGGAUGGGGACGGAAAGGUGCUCACGUGCCCAAGUUCAACGCCAGAAGCAUCGGCGUAUGCUUGAUCGGAAAUUUUCAAAUAAUGCCUCCCGUACAAAUCCAGUUGGAUUCGUUAAAAGCAUUGACCGACUGCGGCGUCCAGAAUGGAAAAAUUGCCGAAAAUUACACAAUAAUAGGUCAUCGUCAAGGCAGCGCCACUUUAUGCCCAGGAGAUUAUCUGUACGAAAUAGUUCAAAAUAUGAGUCGUUACAAUCCCAAUCCUUCUUAAAAUAAACAAAUUACAUUAAAAAAAAAUAACCGUGUCUUAUUGUAAGUUAAAAAAUUAGGAGUUAAAGUGUAAUUUUCGAAAAAAAUACUUUGCCACCUCUAUGAGCAAAAAUCUCAAAGAGUAAGAAGCAAAAAUCAUGCGUUAUAAGAACGUCAGCCGAUAGCACUUAAUGAUUUAAAGUGACACUUUUCAAAACUAGUUGACGUUAUGAAAUGUGUUAUUGAUACAGUUACGAAAAGAAAAAGUUUUCGCAACUGAUGAUGAACAGUAAACUAUUAUAUAGGUUAAUUUAUAUUUGCUAAUUAUUAAUUAUCACUUUUUCGAAAAGUAUUGUCGCGAAUUUUGUGAUUAAC